CCGCUCAACCGAACGUGCUUACGCCAGAGUAACGUUCCAGCCGUUUUCACCGCAGAGUAUUAUGGGGAAAGUAGUCUUUUCAGAGGCAGCAUAUCUCUGAGGCGAAAGUAGACCAAAUACAACUCCCAUAUAAACCUUCGCAUGUGAGGUUGGUCCAUCCAAUCUGAAUAUGUGGGAGGAGAACAUCCGCCCACAAAAGCCAUAGCAAUCUUUCUAUAGCUCAAAUGCAAUUGAGUAUCAAAAAGUGUGCAUAUGCAAUACUGAAAAUUAAGAUGUCACUAUUUAAAUGAAAAACAGCAGAUCAUUAUCCAAGGCUAGACAAGUCGAUCGGGCUGCUGUGACAGAAGAGAACGGCUUGGCAUUCGCUUGAAAUUUAAAUGGAAGUGGGUGGACCAUGGUGUAGACAGUCGCAACUUCGAUGUGGACAUACUUCAACGAUGAACAUUCUUUUUACGGGGAUGUAAAUUCACCUGCAGGACUCCGUUCAGCACGCGUCUUAAAGGAAUUGAAAGUGACUACUAGCCCGGACAUAUUUUGUGUAACGUUACAGUUAUCUACUGGCGUACAGAUUGUGCUUUGCAUUUGGUACCGCCCUUCCUGACGGGUGGGUCUUUCGUCAGAGCCAGAGAGAGCCAGCGGUCGGAGGAGCUACGCCACAGCCUAGCAGUAGCCAUUCGUGGAAAAAUAGGCCGUCCUUCUCCGGGCUUCAGCCUGCCUCUCUGCCUCCACGGCGUCCGGCCUUUUUUUCUUAAACAACUCCUCUCCGUUUUUCAUUAAUGCGGGAUGAGUGAUCAGAAGAAGGAAGCUAUGGCAACAGAUGGAGGCAAAUCAGGAGGUGACAAGGGCAAAACUUCAGGAUCACAGGACGCUCAGCCAUCUCCACUCGCGCUGCUAGCGGCCACAUGCAGUAAAAUAGGGGGCGUGGCCGGCGAGGGUCAGGCGGGAGUGCCGCAGCAGAUCAUCAUCGACCCCAGCCAGGGGCUCGUGCAGCUUCAGAACACAUCACAACAGCUGGAGCUCAUUCCCGCGCAAUUCACCGGCAACGGCUGGCAGAUUAUCACCUCAUCCACUCCUACCACUCUUACAAAGGACAGCCUGACACAAGCCGGUGUGACCUUUGCCACAGCUGCCUCCAGCGACAGUACCUCUGUCCGCAAAGUUAAAGUGAUUGGUGCAAACAAUGUACCUGCCGGACAGCAGCAGCAGCUGCAGCAGCAACAGCAGUUUCAGAUCAUCCAGGUGCAAAAUAUGCCUAAUUCAACAGGCGGUAUCCAGUACCAGGUAAUACCACACAUCCAGACUGCGGAUGGGCAGCAAAUCCAAAUAAACCCAGCCAGUGCCACAUCAUUAAGCCUACAGCCAGAGCAAAUCCAGCUGAUCUCGGCUGGCAACAACCAGACCAUCCUUGCCACACCUCAGCGGGCAGGCUCGGCCAACAUUGUCACUCAGAACGUAGCCAACCAGGCAAUCCCCCUCCAGAUUCGGCCCUCCUUCCCUCUCCAGCUGCAGACCAUCCAAGGUGCCCAGGCCCCUAUGAUGACUACAGUACCCAUAAACAUUGGCGGCAUGACCCUUGCUCUGCCUGUCAUCAACAAUGUCGCAGGGGGUGGGGCUUUCCAGCUGAUACAGUCAGGCGAUGGCAGCAUCUCAAACGGCAACUUGGUUGCUGCACCUGUGAGCAGUAGCGUGGUGGAAUCUUCCGGCAUCACCACCUGCACCACCACAACCACCACUGUUGAUGCUGCCGGUAUGCCCACCGUGGAUAGCACCACAUUAAGCACCACAAGUCCUGCACUAGCCGAUGGUGGCGCCACAGAAAAGGACCCACAGACCCAACAGGCCGAGGCAGACAGUCAGAAUCACCCUGCUGGCCAAAUCCAGAUCCUGGCUAACGGUCUCCAGCCAGCAGGCCAAGACCAGGCGGGCCAGCAGAUCCAGCAGUUCCACAUUGUGGGCCACCCUCUCCUCCAGCAGUUCCAGAUCCAACAGCCCCAGCAGCAGCUGGUCCAGGGCUCCAUCCAGCUGCAACCGGGCCAGACCCUGCAGCCGGUCCAGCAGAACCUGCAGUUGCAGGCCUUCCAGAACCCCACGCAGGUGCUGAUACGGGCGCCCACGCUUUCGCCCAACGGGCAGAUCAGCUGGCAGACGGUGCAGGUCCAGAACGCCGCCAUGCCCCAGCAGCUCACGCUGGCGCCCAUGGCGUCCAACGCCACCACGGCGGGCACCGGAGGGGCCACGUUCACGCAGAUUACACCGCUGGCACUCGGAGGCACGCCCAUCACCCUCAACGCCGCCCAGCUGUCUGGGACGGGGGUGCAGACAGUCAACAUCGCUGGGCUCGGGGCGGCAGGGAUGCAGGUGCAAGGAGUGCCCCUCACCAUCACAGGAACAGUGCAAGGUCAACAACAGGGUCAGGAGGGGGUCAAAGUUCAGUCGACUCCCGUGACGGUCACGGUGGGCAACAUUGGGAACACGGCGGUCAGUCCGGACCAAAUGGGUCAGGUGCAGAGCCCGUCAGACCAGGAGGGCCAGCCCAGCAAGAGGCUGCGCAGGGUCGCCUGCUCCUGCCCCAACUGCAGAGAUGGAGAGGGCAGGAACAACAGUGACCCCUCUAAGAAGAAGCAGCACAUUUGCCACAUGGAGGGCUGUGGGAAGGUGUAUGGUAAGACGUCUCACCUGCGAGCUCACCUGCGCUGGCACACGGGCGAGCGCCCCUUCGUCUGCAACUGGAUCUUCUGCGGCAAGCGUUUCACCCGCAGCGACGAGCUGCAGCGGCACCGCCGCACGCACACAGGUGAGAAGAGGUUUGAGUGUCCGGAAUGUUCCAAGCGGUUUAUGAGAAGCGACCACCUCUCUAAGCACAUCAAGACCCACCAGAACAAGAAGGGGGGCACAGCCCUCGCCAUCAUCACCACAGAGGACAUGGAGGACACGGGUGACGACGAGGUCCUCGGCUCGCCCAGGAUGGUUACCGUGGCGUCGCUCUCCCAGGAUUCGAACCCGGCCACGCCCACCACCUCCAACAACCUGGAGGAGGAGUUUGAAUAGCCCCGCCCCCUCGUUUUUGUUUCCUGUUGUUUUUUCUUUUUCUUUUUUCUCCACUCUGCACCAGCUCUUUGGUGCUGAAUAGCAAUGGACAGAUAGAGAAGAGCACCUGACUUUUUCAUUUCUUCAUCUUUCUAUUGUUUUUGUUCUCAUUCUGCUAAGAGUAAAAAAAAAAAAACUAAUGCAUAUUACGACAAAAUAUAGUCUAAAGUUAAAAAGAAAUAUGGCUUUUAAAAAGAAAUAAUUACAUUUUAAAAAGCUAACGGUAGCCAGAUAAAGGUAUAUUAACUGAAUCAGAGCAGUAGCACAAUGCUUGGGGGUCUGUGGUUUUCUCGUACGAAUCGCCAACACAAAGAAUCUUAGAGUUAAAAGAGAAUCUAUUUCUAUGCACAAAAAAUAUGUACUUAUGUUAUUCACAGGGAUGAAUUAACUAUAUUAUGACGAUGGGUAGACGGGUUGGCUGAGAUUCCAGUUGCAGAGAGGCAGACCAUGGUCUGCGUUUUGUUUUUUGUUUUUUUUGUUUUUCGGACAGGUACACAGUACUGCACGUGAUGGUCCUAAACACAGCUACUGUACGCAGCCAGUUACGUGUGUGACUGAAGACUUAUUUCAAAUCAAAGGUGGAAACAGACGUUUUGAUCUAUUUGAUCGUCAGUCUCCUCUGUUCUGAAGUGUGUCAGUGGUCCUAUUUGGACUGAACGCGUUUCAUCCUGACUAUAGUGGUGCAUGAAGCAAGUCCCAGACAUUUUCAAGGCAUGUGAGUGUAUUUGCCAAUGGUUAAAACCUCAAACAGAUGCUAAAGCCUUCAGCAAACCAUGCCUUUCGAAGAUUAUGUUUGGAUUUCCAAGUUCUAGUCUCAAUGGAGGACAGUUAGCCAGGUUUUUGAAGUUCUUGUUUAAGGAAAACAGAACAGAGAGAAUAAAAGAGGAGAGAGAGAGAGAGAGAGUAAUUAAAAGCACAUAUUAAAUUAAAUGUAUAAAACAAAGCAUUCCUAUUGAGAAAAUUCUUAGUGUCACGGUUUAUAGAAAAGACGAUAAUGAGGGGGGAGAACACAAUCUAGCUUUCUGUGGCGUGCUACGUUUUGGUGAAAGCAAUACUUUAAAGACAAUCUUAGUGAAACCAUGUUUACAUUAAUUGAGGGUUGGGAGCAAAUGUAGGUUUCUUUGAUACAGGAGUUUAAGAAAAAAAAAAAAAAGAGAAAAGGAAAAAAAAAGAAAACAAGCAUAAAGGUCUUUCGUCUCUCAAAGUCAUACGAACUGUACUACAAUGCCUUAACACAAACUUGCAGUACUGCUCCAUGUUGGCCAAGGGUCUCCUCAAGUGAGGGCGAAGGAGACUGGGGGCCUUAAAAUGGUGACUUGUUUAUUAGAGAAACUUGUGAACUCACUGGUGAGCCAGCGCUCUUUUAUUUACUUUUUUUUUUUUUUUUUUUUUUUUUAACCUCUUUGCUUCCUUCCCCUGAUUCGUCAGGUUGCGAAUCCUUCUCUGAGGACAAAAAAUGAAUAAGUAAAUAAAUAGAGUUUGUCGCCCCUGCCGCUCCCCUACCUACACACAGCCUAGAGUCCAACUCAGCAGGACCUAAGAGUGGAAGACACAUCCACAUGUCCCGAUCUCACCUAAAACAUCACCAACACACACACACACACACACACACACGUAGUCAAAAACACAGACACACAUACACAUUGGCCCCAUCCCUAUAAUCAUUGUGCCUCCGAGUCCCCCCCUCCACCCUGCAGACCUGGGGCAUUCCUAGAAAUGGUGGGAAGGGUCUGAAGAUCAUUACGAUGUUCUGAAACGUGUUUGGUGGUGUUUUCUAUCUGUGUCCGUUUCGUGAGUAAAGUCUCUUUUUUAAUUUUAUUUAAUUUAUUUAAAAUGUAUUACCCAGAAUGCCCCCUCAAAUAAUGCCCCACCCCACCCCACUCAUGCCCCCCCCCCCCCCCCCCCUGCAACCCACUCCCUUUUAUUACAGCACAUUCAACUGUAGAUGAGAAACUGUGUAUUGCUAAUUUAUUAUUUAUCCGUAUUUUUAAUAUUUGCCUUUGCAGAAAUUGCUGAUGUGUGUUGUGCGCUGUCGAUUCAGAGAUUAUGUGCAGCAUGUUUUUGUUUUCUGCUAAUAGUAAUGAAUUAUUAUUUCUAAAUGUGGUCCUUUUAUAAAUAUAACCAUUACUUUUUAAUUUAAAUGAUCUUUUUUUGUUCUCACAUCAUAACGUGUUUCAAAAGAAAAGACAUGGAAAAAAAUACCAAGCAAAAAAAAGUUUCAAAUGAAAUGGUUGAUACCAAACAAUUUAGAUGUUUUUGGUAAUAUUUUGUGUGACAACUGAUUUUCUUUAAUAUUUUCUAGUGACAUCUCAUUUGUAAAUCCUUUUCUAAGAUGUUCGUUUGUCUCCAUGACAUUUGAUAAUGGUUUUUUUUGCCAGGUUAGCCUCAAAGGCUGCAGUUUAUUGAUAUUUUUAAAAUACAACUUUGUACAAAUGUGUUAUGUGAAUGGGGGAAGAAUAAAAAAAAAAGAAAAAGGAGAAACUUGCCUGCAUAACACUUGAAAAUAAAGUGAAUUAAAUCUGUCUUAAAUAUA